AUGCGAAUGAGUCCUUUGAAUUUAAGAGGCAAAAGGGCAUUUAUUGCUGGAGUUGUUGAUGAUAAUGGUUAUGGCUGGGCAAUCACAAAGGCUCUUGCCGCUGUUGGGGAAAAAAUACUUGUUGGUACAUGGGUGCCUGCACUAAACAUAUUUGAGACAAGCUUAAGGUGUGAUAAAUUUGAUAAGUCACGGAAAUUGCCAAAUGGCUCACUGAUGGAUAUUGUCAAAGUAUAUCCUCUUGAUGCCGUUUGCGAUACAUCUGAUAAUGUUCCUGAAGAUGUCAAGACAAUCAAACGCUAUGCUGGAUCCUCAAAUUGUACUGUUAAGGAAAUGACAGAGGCUGUGACGAAAGAUUUUGGAAGGAUUGACAUCCUCGUGCAUUCUCUUGCCAAUGGACCAGAGGUAACGAAGCCACUCUUGGAGACAUCUAGAAGAGGGUAUCUUGCUACAAUUUCAGCUUCGAGUUACUCUUUUGUCUCCCUGCUUCAACACUUUCUUCCAAUAAUGAAUCCAGGCGGUGCUUCAAUAUCUUUGACAUACAUAGCUUCCGAAAGGGCAAUCCCAGGAUACAGAGGUGGAAUGAGCUCAGCAAAAGCUGCAUUGGAGAGUGAUAAAAAAGUAAGUUCAACUCUUCUGUAA